AUGGUGUCCAGAACAAUUAACCUCAUCCUGCGGGCGAUCCAGUUCGUCUUCAUAGUCAUUAUCAUGGGCCUCAUCGGCAACGUCAUCGCCAUAGCCUUCGCCGGUAACCCCUCAUUGAUCAACUACGAUAUGUUUGUGGCGGCAUUUGGCAUGCUGUCGCUGUUCUAUUUGGUCGCCGUUGCCUUCAACGACUCUUUCAUGGGCCAUGCAAUCUUUCCCGUUAUUGUCGAUCUUCUCAACUGCAUCUUCCUCUUCUGCGCCGCCGUCGCCAUGGCUGCCGAGCUCGGGGCGCAUUCUUGCAGCAAUGACGAAUAUACCCUCCACAACCACCUUACAAACGGUUCCAACGACAGGGAAGGCCGAUGCCGAGAGGAACAGGCAGCUACCGCUUUCCUCUGGUUCGCAUGGGCAGCCUGGAUGGCUAGCUUGUUCUUCUCUAUUCUCGAUGCUCGCAGUGGUGGUGUCAACCUGAGAGGUCCUAUCCGCUCUAGAGGUGCGCGCCCAGCAAUGUCUCAGGUGUAA